AUGAGGUUCCCACUGAUAUCGGUGCUCCUGGCGGGGGCUCUAAUGGCUGCUUUCGGGGACAUCAGGACACGCCAAACGAACAUUAAAUGCGAAACGCGGGAUCCGUCGUAUGCGAAGGCGCUUGUCUGCCGCCUGAAGGUGCUGGGGCGUGGCAUUAUCGGAGCCAAUAUCCAUGUGAAAUUGCUCAAACUACCAGCUCGGAAGGUGUCCAUCAAUUUCAGUGUCUUUCAAAAGCUCUCCGGCUACCAUCCGUUCCUGUUCAACGUCACCGUGGACCUUUGCCACUACAUGAAGCACCCGAAUCCCCUCAACGUCUUCUACUACUUCUACGGGGCCCUGCGGCCCUUCAUCAACAAGAACCACACUUGCCCCAUCAACCACGAUAUUAUCCUGAAAGACUUUGUUCUGGAUGAUCAAAUGUUCGCCAAAGUCCCUCUACCCAAGGGCAGCUACAUGUUCAAGAUCAAAAUAAUCAGCGAGGGUGUGUGGAGGGGGACCAUUUACUCCUACAUGGAUAUUAAUGUGGAUGAUAAUCCCCGUAUUAAGUCGGGCUAAGAUUUGCUAUGAGACUCUCGACUCUCUCUCUCUCUCUCUCUCUCUCUCUCUCUCUCUCUCUCUCAGCUGGAUGUUGCACCCACCCUCCAUCUGUUGGGGGUGGAACAGGGACUAAAAAUUGGGGUUUGAGGGUUGCACCUUUCCCUGCUAAAAAUAGAAUAAAAUCUUAUUAAGAUCAGUAACAAACUCAAUAAAAUCCAUAAAAUCCUUAGAUUUGAGAGGGUGUGAGACCCAGAGGUCAGGGACAACGACACUGACCUCUAAUUUCGGAUUAAACAGAGAUAUAGUAGGUCAGGAAAUGAUUGACUUCUAGAAAUAUUAGUGGCACUCGAGUGGAUUCUGAAAGGUGCAAUCGAUUAAGCGGUAUUUGAGUAUCAUUUGUAAUGUAUCUUGAAAAUGUGCGACCCUGAGGUUUGCCCAGAUAUCCUUGGCUGGGAGAGACACCAGUAACCGACAAAAGAAACUUAAGGAUGCAGAUACCCGUCUGUCGUCUGACUCGAAUUAAUCGCAGUUCCUUCGAUAAGUAAUGCGCAAAAACUUUGAACAAAAGAUGCGAGUUUAGUUAUUUAUGCCACAUUCGCACACUCGCACACAAACCAGAAACCAAAUGGAGAAGGGGGUGAAAACUCUGCUGUUUUUCUUCGCUUUUCCAACUGAAAAUCGGUUUUUCCUACCCCCCGCUCGGACAGCCUCCCUGGGCUGACAGAACUGAUGCGUAAUAACACUGUCCAACAAUAGGUUCGAGUGUAAAGCAGCGUUGGGCGGGCUUUCUUUGUGCCGAGUUGUGCCCACGACAUGUGUGGAGAUAAUGUUUUUUAUCCCCAAUC